AUGCCUCCGCCUCGUGGUUCUUCAAUACUCCGGAAUCUACAGUCUCAGUGUAGUAAUCGACUCUUCCACGCCGGUGAUAGCAUAGUUACACGAUGUCCACGGCCGAUACCGACAAGAUCACCGGUCCAACCCGGCGCACAUAACAGAACCUUCACCACUCGAACUCUUCGUCCCAGACUACCCUUCCAAUCUUCGAUAUAUCUUAGACAAUUUUCUACUACUUCCUAUUUGUCCCACGGACACCUCACUCAUCCAAAACCCGGUGAAGAACUUAAGGUUACGUUUGUUACAAAAGAAGGGAAUGAGUUUACCUUUGAGGUUGCAGAGGGGGAUAAUCUGCUGGAUAUCGGACAAGCACACGAUUUAGAGAUGGAGGGAGCUUGUGGAGGGAGUUGUGCGUGUAGUACUUGUCAUGUUAUUGUGGAGGAUCAGGAGAUGUAUGAUCUGUUGGAGGAGCCGGAUGAUGAUGAGAAUGAUAUGUUAGAUUUGGCAUUUGGAUUGACGGAGACGUCGAGACUGGGGUGUCAGGUGAAGAUGAAGAAAGACAUCGAUGGAUUGAAGGUCAAGCUGCCGGCCAUGACAAGGAAUCUACAGGCGAGCGAUUUCAAGUAA